AUGCAUAUUAAAAGACCACAAUUAUCGCUUUCACUCUUACGACAUUCUAAAAUAAACUCAGAUAAAAAGGAAUUCGUCUUCAAUUCUUUUCAACGUAAAAAAGGACGCACAAAAAAGGAUGUAUACCUGAAUGAACAGCACAGCCGGCCAUCUUUGAACUUGUCUAUAACGAACGAUUCUCGGUUCAAGGAUGAGUUACUUCCAUCGUAUUCAUGUACUGUUCAUAAAGUAGGUAUCUGUCAUGCAAAAAUCGAGGUGGAUUCACUAGGCGCCAAACCUUGGCGGCGUCCAUGGAGACAUAUCUUUAUGGAGUUAAGAGGAACAUUUUUACAGAUAUAUGAAAUCAAGACGUUUAAACCUCUCUACUUGCCAACAUUUCCAGCCGAUUAUCAACAGACAUUCAAAUGGAUUCCCCUUAUUAACCUAUCACUCUCUCAGCUUGAAGCCGUAGUGGCCGAUGAUUAUAAAAAGAGAUCAAACGUAUUUCGUAUCAUAGACUCUAGUCUACGGUUACUUGUUCAGGUUCAAACAAUGGCAGAAAUGCGAUCUUGGAUGGAAAAAAUAUCUGCUGGUAAAAAUAUUGCUGUAGACUUUGUUUAUCCUCCAAUACCCACGAUCGAUUGUCUUGGUUGCAUUGCAUAA